AUGCGCAGAUGUGUCUGUCCCGACGGCUUCUCGGGUCCUGUCUGUGACGUCAAUGUUGACGACUGCGCAGUGAACCCCUGUCUCAACGGAGGGACAUGCGCAGACGGGGUGGAUGACGUCACCUGCACAUGCGCUGAAGGAUUCACAGGUCGUAUUUGCGCCACUAACAUUGACGACUGCGCCAGCCAACCUUGUCACAACGGCGGGAACUGUCGGGACUUGGUCGCGGGAUUCAACUGCACCUGCGCACACGGGUACGCCGGGGACACCUGUAACGUCACCGUGGACUACUGCAGCAGCGCCCCCUGUCUGCACGGCGGCGUAUGUGCAGGCUAUGUCGGCGGCUACUUCUGUGACUGCGCGCCAGGUUACCAAGGCGACCAGUGCGAGACAAACACAGACGACUGCUCCCCGUCCCCGUGCGUGAACGGCGGCACAUGCGCAGACGGGGUGGACGACUUUACCUGCAGCUGUCCUCCCGGCUACUCCGGCCGCACAUGCGCAGAGGACGACCUAUCCUGCGCGUAUCACGUGUGUCAAAAUGGCGGCACACCGGGUUUUGCGGGCAGCCACUGUGAGACGGACGUGGACGAGUGCACAAGCGCGCCGUGUCUCAACAGCGCCACCUGCCGGGACCAGGAGAACUCCUUCUCCUGCACCUGCCCGCCGGGAUUCACUGGCGAGUUGUGCGGAGUUGACGUGGAUGAGUGCGAGUCUUUCCCGUGCCGAAACGGCGGGACCUGUCAGGACCUCCCGGCGGGCUUCCUCUGCGUCUGUCCCGAGGGAUACUCAGGAGACACCUGCUGGCAACGCGUCGACCCGUGCGACAGCGCCCCUUGCGAGAACGCCGGGUACUGCAGCAGCCUGGCGGACGGCUACGAAUGCACCUGCCAGACAGGCUAUACGGGUGUGAACUGUGAGACGGAUAUCGACGAGUGCGCAGGCGUGACGUGUUACCAUGGCAGCACGUGCAGGGACGGGAUUGGCUGGUUCCAGUGCGACUGCGCAGACGGUUUCACUGGCUCAUUGUGUGACGAAGCGGUUGACAACUGUGACGUCAUCGUGCGUGAUGACGUCACGAACACGACCCAGCUCGUUCCCAGGGCAGACUGCGGUGCGCACGGCACCUGCAGCAGCGUGGAGACCGGCUUCGUCUGCCUGUGUGAGGAGGGCUUCAUAGGGGACAGGUGUGAACAAGAGUUGCCGACCCCCUGCGUCGAUGGUCAGGUGACCCGGCCGCACAACUCCACCUGGGAGGCCGACUGUAACACCUGUACCUGCACGGACGGACAGGUGUGGUGCGCAAAGAUGUGGUGCGGUCCACCCGAAUGCCCCUAUGACGAAGUAGCCGGUUGCCCUGACGACGGCGAGUGCCUGUCCGGUUGCCAUGACGACAAGGGCUGCGUCCUGUCGCCCUGCCUGACGGACCCCUGCGACAAGAACGUGGGGCACUGCGGCACCUCAGAUAGCAGCGCCGCCUGCCGGCCCGAUGGGGAACUGUACGGCUCUGACUGCACACGGCUCGGGUUCUACUUGGAAACGGACGACAUAGAAGAUGGUCUGACAUUGGAGACUUUCUGUGACGUUGUCCGGUCACUGACCUUGUUUGACCCGUUCGUGGUGCACCAUGGGAUGUGGAUCCGCUGUCAGCUGACCGGAUGGGAAGGACCCGACGCUUACGUCACUCUCUCGCUGGAAACAGAAAAGGAGACCGAACAGAGCCUGACGGCGGUGGUAGCGGGAGGGGACCUUCUGGACUUCAUCAUAGCAGAAAUGGCGAACCCGAAUUCCACCAGCCUGUUUCACCACAUCCGGCUGCCCAGUCUCAGCCCAGAGAAGGUCGUGGGACCUGCAAAUACAGAUGACAAAACAGUAUAUGUCGUGGUUGGCGUGCUGGGUUCCGUGGGUUUCCUGGUGCUGCUGGUGAUCGGGGUGUUCUGUGUCAGAAGGGCGCGGCGAGAGGGACCACACAGACACAAUGAACCGAGGAAUGUGUACGACAACGUGACGUUUUCCGUUCCCGAAGGUGACGUCAAGUUCGAGAACCCAAUGUACGUGGAGGUGUUCGGGAAAACAGCGCCGCCUGUCGGAGUGAAGGGGCACGACAGCCCGGGUGUUAACUUGGAACUGAACGGAGCUGAUUGUUAACUUUGGACCUGAAUGUUUAAUUCUGGUUAUGAUUUUAUAUUUGGCAAAAAGAAUAAUUAUGAUCUUCUACAAGGCACACUCUCCAACCAAGUGUCGUAAUAGGUUUAGGUCAGCAUCAAGCCUAAACUCAAUGAAAUAAGAUAAGAUAAGGAAAAGACGUUUAUACAGCUUUUUAGGUUUUCUGUUCACGAAUCAACGGAUAUACAUGUACAACUAAAAGAAUCAACUAUCAAUUACCGAACAAAUAAGAAACAAAAAAAAACACGAAAGCGUUUAUUCAUAGAUCGAUUAUUACGUUUAUAACCGGGUCAAAGCUGCAGGUAUGUCACAAAUGGAGACGUUAUUUAUUGAUAAAAUAGAGGCCUAGGUACACUCCAAUGUUUUCUACAAAAAGGUAGAAACAUUUGAAUAUUGACAUUGCAGAACCUUAAAGAAGAGGUGAUAAGCUAGCCAUAUUACACGCAGGUGUCACCAAAUAAAAAGAUUCGCACUCGCCACAUACAGCGCUUUCGGCAUU